AUGGAGGUCGCUCGUACCUCCAUGAUCCAUGCGGCUGCUCCCCAUUUUCUGUGGCCGUUCGUGGUCGAGUACGCUGCGCAUCAGCUCAACCUCUGGCCCCGUGUCUCCUUGCCAACCUCGUCUACACUACCUUGGACGGGAGAGGUUGGCGAUGCAUCGGUGUUCCGGGUCUGGGACUGUCGUGCUUUUGUCCGUGAUACCUCCGCGGACAAGCUAUCCUCGUGCGCCAUUCCCUGCGUCUUCCUUGGCUUUCCCCCUGACGCGCCUGGCUGGCAUUUUUACCACCCCACCUCGUGCUGUAUCCAGCCCUCUCAGAACGUCACGUUUGAUGAGUCUAUUCCCUUUUACCAUCUCUUCCCCUACCGCACUGUCCCUCUCCCCCUCCUGCUGCUCUUCCUCGCUCCAGGUCCCCCUCCGGUAGACCCCCUCCCCCCUCAGGGUCCUGCUCCUUCAUGUGUGUCUCAGGUAGACCCACUCCCCUUGGUUGAGCCUGUCAAGCCUGGAGGUGCUGAGCUUGCGAGUGCUGAGCCCGGGAGUGCUGAGCCUGAGCAUGCGGAGCCUGGGGGUGCUGAGCCUGUGGGUUUGGAGCCUAGGAGUGCUGCGUCUGAGCGUGCGGAGCUUGGGGGUGCUGAGCCUGUGGGUGCGGAGCCUAUUGGUGCUGAAUUUCUGGGUGCUGAGCCUAGGGGUCCUGCGUCUACUGUACGGGAGCCUCUCUCACCACAGCAGCUGCGCGAGUGGUAUGCUUGGCGCACCCGCCUUCGGAUUCGUGCUGUUGGAGCUGGAGGCACUACUGCUGGAGGCGCUGGCACUAGAGGUACUGGUGCCGCUGGUGCUGGAGGUGCUGGUGGUGCUAGCACUGCUGGUCCCGGGGGUGCUCGUGCUGGAGGCGCUGGAGCUGUCGGAGCUGGUGGUGCUACUGUUGCUGGAGGUGCUGGAGGUGUUGGAGCUGCUGGUCCCGGAGGUGCUCGUGCUGGAGGUACUGGAGCUGCUAGAGCUGGUGGUGGUGGUGCUGCAGGAGGUGCUGGAGGUGCUAGAGCUGCUGGUCCCGGAGGUGCUCGUACUGGAGGUACUGGAACUGCUAGAGCUGGUAGUGGUGCUGCUAGUCUCGAAGGUGCCUGUACUGGAGGUACUGGAGCUGCUAAAUCUGGUGGUGCUGCAAGCACUGGAGCUGGGGGUGCUGGAGCUGUCGGUACUGGUACUGGAGGCGCUGUGCGGCCGCAACCGUACUUUACCCUGAGUCUAAAAUUAUUUCGUGCUGCCAGUCCUGCUGUCACACGUCUUCUAGCCAUUGUUAUCACCAACCCGUCGUUUGAGUCCACUGCUGCGUUUGCCCUAGUUGCUGAGCUUAUCGACUUUGAUGCUACCUGUCGUCUCGACUAUGCCGCUAGUCUUCUUGCUGCGUCUGAGUCUGAUGCUCCAGACAUCCCGACCCCACGCUCUUACGCAGAGGCGAUUACGGGUCCCUACUCCUCUCAGUGGCAAAAAGCCAUGGACGCAGAGAUGGCAUCCUGGAAGUCCACAGGCACUUACGUCGAUGUAGUUCCCCCUUCUGAGGUGAACAUAGUCGAUGGCAUGUGGAUUUUCAGGGCGAACCGGCCGCCGGGUUCUCCGCCAGUGUUCAAGGCUCGUUACGUUGCUAUACGCUCUAGUCGGCGCCACGAAGUUGACUUCUUCCAGACCUUCUUCCCUACCCUGAAGAUGACCACUCUUCAGGUGCUGCUGCACGUCGCCGCUCAGCAUGACUAUGAGCUUCACUCUCUUGACUUCCGCACAGCUUUCUUAUAG